AUGGGGACGUGGUCAGAUUAUAGGAACGGAUUCGGUGACUUGGAGAGUGACCAUUGGUUGGGACUGGAGGCGUUCCAUCAUCUCACCAACCAGGGAAACUAUUCUUUAAUGACCGAAGUCAGGGACAAUCUGACAAGCACCUAUUUCUCUGAUAUCCACGUCGACUUUCGUGUCGGGCCAGAGAAAGAGGGAUAUAUUUUGUAUGAGUUUCCCCUUGGCGAUGGAAACCUAACUAGUUCCGCGGAAGAUCAGUGGUAUAUCAACUACGACAUGAUGUUCUCGGCCUAUGACAAGGACCAGGAUACGACUAGUACCUCAAACUGUGCGGCUACAUUCGGAGGGGGAUGGUGGUACAGGGCAUGCACCUUGGUGUCUCUCACCGGGCAGACGACGCAUUGUACGUCCGGAUGUUACGCCUAUUUCAAGCACAACGGUGUCCCUUUUGGCGGGAAUGGUUCGGAUGACAUCUUGCUCAAUUUUGCCGUUAUGAAGAUCAAGAAGAUUGGCUAG